GGCUUAGCAAAAAAAUCGCAACGAGUAACGGUCACGAGUCAAAUUGUAGUCAUAAUAAAAAGUCGAGUUGGCAGCACAUUAGAGAAUGGAUAACUUAAAGCUAAAAGAAGAGGUGCAGUCGCUGAAAACUUUAAGCACACAUCUGGAAAGCCAACUAAAAUUGGUUGGCUUGGAGCUCUGCGACUUUCCAGAUGACGUUUUGACAUUGCUGGACAAAUGUGCCCGUAUUCAGGGAGACUCUAAUAUGCAGGAUAUAAAUUUAGACUGUUUACGAGAGUUUUAUUUUAUAAAAAAGCGGGAAUGGAUUGAUAACAAAGUUAUAAUAGCAAGUCAGACUGCUGAACUGAAGAAAGUAACGUCAGUCAUUGAGGAAACAAACAAAGAAAUUGCCAAAUUGGAAAUAUUUCUGGCUAACGUCAACAAGCGCUUGAUCGCAGAUGGGGCUCUACAGCGGAAAAUUAUUGAAAUUGAAGACAAGACAAAAGCACUACUGGACAGACAGAAAACCGUUAGUGAGCCUAAGGAGUGUAACACUGAGGCCAUCAUAGAGAAAAUCGAAGAGUUGCAGAGCGCCAACCAAAGUCGUUAGGAGUCAUUAUAUUUUGUUCCAUUAAAUCUAAUUUAAAUUCGUUCAAUAUUUUUCAUAAUGGGACAUUCCUUGGGCGAUGAACUUAAGAUGAUCAGUGCCAGUCAUUUUUGAAAAAAGAAAAGUCAAUACACAUUGUUGUAUAAAAAUGAAUUUAAUAUGUAUAAAUUGUUGUUUAUUUAAUCAGUAAAUUCAAAAAA